GUUGAGUUUGUUAGACUAUUAGACAUAUUUCAACCAACGAAGGAAAAUGAGUGAAAAUAUUAAAGUUGUUGUUCGAUGUCGUCCAAUGAACCAAAGCGAAAAAGAACAAAACUGCCAAAACAUUGUUGAAAUAAAUGAUUUUGCAGUUUCCGUGACUAAUCCAUCAGCUCGAAUUUCUCAAAAAAAAAAAUUCAUUUUUGAUAGUGCUUAUAAUAUGAAAACCAGUACGGAAGUGAUUUACGACGAAAUGUGUUAUUCAUUAGUAGAGAGUACUAUCGAAGGAUAUAAUGGAACCAUUUUUGCUUACGGCCAGACAGGUUGUGGAAAAACGCACACAAUGCAGGGCGAUGAAAAUUUUAGCAACAACAGUGGAAUAAUUCCGAAAUGUUUUGAUCACAUAUUUGAAACGAUAUCAAUGGCAACAAAUGUCAGAUAUUUGGCAUUAGUAACGUAUUUGGAAAUUUACAACGAAUGUAUUCGAGACUUACUUAAUAAACAUGAAAAUACGAGUUUGAUAAAUCAUUCCCUUAAAGAAAUACCAGGUAUUGGUGUUUCAGUUCCAACGCUUACUACACAACCUGUCGUCAAUGCAAACCAAUGUUACGAUUGGCUACAUUUUGGAAAUAAAAAUCGUGUUACUGCAUCUACAUUAAUGAAUAAGCAUAGCUCACGAUCCCACACUAUAUUUACUAUCACUUUGGAACAAUCUCCAUUUUUUAAUAGUAUGGUAUCGGAGGAUACAUUUGGAGAAAUACGUAGAGGAAAACUUAGUUUAGUGGACCUAGCAGGAUCCGAGAGGCAGCAUAAGACUGGUGCGCAAGGAGACCGACUUAAGGAAGCGUCUAAAAUAAACUUAUCACUUUCUGCAUUAGGGAAUGUUAUUUCAUCUUUGGUUGAUGGUAAAGCAAAGCAUGUACCGUUUAGAGACUCAAAACUCACACGCCUGCUCCAGGAUUCCUUGGGAGGGAAUACAAAAACUCUUAUGAUAUCUUGUAUAUCACCAACAGACAUAAAUUAUGAUGAAACCAUAUCUACCCUUCGGUAUGCAAGUAGAGCAAAGAAUAUUUCAAAUAAACCUACAAUUAAUGAAGACCCAAAGGAUGCAAGACUUCGUCAGUACCAAAAUGAAAUACUAUAUUUGAAAAGAAUGCUUCAAGAUAGUCAACAAAUAAAGGAAUCACCACUGAAAAUUCUACAAUCUACAAAUUUGAAUUCAACAAAAAAUGUUCAAAUAAUGGAAUCAGGUCAAGAUUGUAGCGUAUUUUUUAAAACAAAUUACUCAACAUCAGCAAAACCAAACUUCCCCUCUAUUCAAUCAAAAGAAGAGAUACAACUGCAAGCACGAAGUCGCAUCGAUCUAAUAAAACGCACAUUAAUUGGCGGUGAACGUUUAGAUGAUUUGAAGCUUAAGGAACAGCACAAGGCCCGUAAAUAUGCAGCCCAACGCCACUUAAGUGCAAUAGCUAUUGCCUUAAGUAGAGUCAAAUGUGAAGAUCGCGACCUAUUGCAGGGGCAUUAUGCCACUAUUACACAAGAAAUUAAUAUAAAAAAUGACUAUAUUAGAAAAUGCAAAGAAAAAAUUAAACUGCUUGAAAUGGAAGUUUCCGAUUUAAAUUCAGAGUUCCAGCUUGAUAGAGAGGAUUAUUUGGAGGAAAUUCGCAAUCUUGGACGUCAAGUAAAGUUUCACCAACAACUUCUUUAUAAAUUUCCUUCAAAUAUCCGAAAAUUUGACCGGAAUUGGACUCCAGAUACUAUUUGGCAAAAUUCUUCAUGGAAUGAUGAUCUUAAAAUGUGGAGAAUCCCAAAGUCCGAUUCAAUAAAACUACCUCCGGCUACACAAAAAACAGGAAUUCACUUUAUUCAUACUUCAAUGACCGAUAGUAAUAAAUGUAUUCAUGUAAAUCAGCAUGACAACCAAAAUGAAAUUGUAGUUGGAGAAAAAGAAAUCUCAAACAUGUCUAAGGAAAAAUACAACACAAAUGUACAAAAAAAUUAUUUUCGUACAAGCCGUCACAAAAAUAUAAAUUUUGGAGACAUCGGAAACUCAUAACAUCUGUUGAAGUAAAUAAUACAACGGGCAGUGAAUAGAAGUCGCAUCUAUUUAAUUAGAGGCAUUAAUUAUGUUAUAAUUUUGUCGCAAUAAAAGAACCCACCAAUUCUGUAACACAAUGGAUGAGCGGCAGCUCAACUAAAUAGAUUUGAAAAACCUAUCUUGCAUUUUUCCCUCUCACAUUGUGUCAAUUGAAUUUUUUCUGUUCUUCUAUUUAAUUAUACCCGUUAGGCGUAGAGUAAAGGGGAAUCAACAUUCGUUGAAAAGCAUGUAACAAGUAGAAGACUUUCCGACCAUUAAAUAUACAUAAAUCCAUUCUUGAUCAGGACCAAUUUCCUAGUCGAUUUGGACAAGUACGUCUGCCGUAUGAUCGCCUCGGUCUUAAAAACUAUAAAAAACUAGUAAUUUGAGAUUAAGCAUGCAGAUUCCAGAGACAAUGACGCAGCGCAAGUUGGUUGACCCAUGUCGCCACGUCCACUCUAACGCCCACAAACCACCCAAAACUUCCACGCCCACACUUUUAAUAAAUGAUUGGAUAUUUUUUCAUUUUGUUUUAUUCUUGUAAAUUUCUAUCGGAAGCUGUAUUUUUGCAACUGUAUUUCGUUAUGUGAUCGGAUACGCUUCCUUCUGCCUGUUACAUACUUUUCAACGAAUCUAAUAUACCCUUUUACUCUACGAGUAACGGGUAUAAAUAUCAAAACAUUUUUCAAAAGUGUGGGCGUGGCAGUUUUGCCGGUUUGAGGGCUUUAGGGCAUGCAUGCCAAAUCGAUAAAAACUUACAAGACUACGAGUAACGGGUAUAAAAAAAGUCAAACUUAUUAAGCGACACUGUAAGUAGCCAUCUUUUAUAUCUAUAACAUUUCCCAAUUCAAUUUAUUAUUUGCCUAAUAGAUUUUAUCAUGUCACUUAUGAAAAGUUAUAGAAAUAAAAAAAA